AGGAGCUGCGACGCAGGCGCAGAAACGAAUAAAGGAAGGGCGGAGCUCCAGGAGAGUAGGGAAAAUGGCGGAAUACGUGCAGGUGAUGAAGAGGGCGUUGCAACAGCUCGGUGGCCAUGGCGGCAUCCGUGGCGUUAUAUGGCAGCUGCUCAGGGUCAAUGAUCUGAAGAUUGGUACCCUAGUAGGGACUGAUAAGUAUGGAAACAAAUAUUAUGAAGACAAAAGGUUCUUUUUUGGUCGCCAUAGGUGGGUCAUAUAUACUGCAGAAAUGGAUGGCAAGAACACAUACUGGGAUUUAGAUGGAAGCAUGAUACCUCCUGAAUGGCAUCGUUGGAUUCACUGUAUGACAGAAGAUCCCCCAACUACACAUCCACCAGUGAGUCGUAAAUUCAUUUUCCAAAAUCAUAGAAUGAAUGAAAGUGGUACUCCUAAACAAUAUGUACCAUACUCUACAACACGUAAGAAGAUACAAGAGUGGGUUCCACCAUCCAUACCUAGCAAAUGAAAGAAAAAGAACAUGGUGAUUUGCAAGGAAAAGAUUGAUUGUUGUGCAUCUUUAUUUAAAAUAAAAACUUCGAUUAAAAAAUUUUUGAAAUCAAAAUAUUGUUGGGAAAGAGUUAUCUGGGUAAUGAAUGGGCAGAAACAGAAUAUACAAUAUGCUAUAAAAGUGCAUGUUUGUGGAAUAUUUUUGUAGAAUUGAGAGUCUGGUAGAAUCUAGUAGCUUUCAUUAUAAAAUAUUACCACAUAUAUUUCUAAUAUAAUAAAUUUAUCACUAGUAUUAAAAUAAAUUAAAUUUUGAGAGUCCCCAAUUCCUCAGUAACUUUGGGAAUCCUAUAAUUACAAGAAAACAAUAUGUAGCUUACCAUAUCAUAAACACUUUGUCCAAGAUCUGGGAAAAAUAAUCCAAGUUUUCAACAAUUUACAUAAAAUCACUAAGAGGAAGUAGUAUAGACCCCUCUGAGAAUGUCAUUUCAAAAGAUGAGGAGUUUGCCACUGGGAUAAGACACUGUUUGAUUGAUGGAACCUGGACCAUAUCUACUCUUCCUGACCUCUCCAAAUGGAUGGAAACAUGGAUUAAUGGAUCUCUGUUAUCAUUGUAGGAUAUAUAAAUUAUUAGAUAUAUAAAUUAGAUGUAUAAAAGCUUCAAGUCACACGGUGUGCAAUGGAAAAACUUGCUAAAAUGCUAAAAACCUUACUCAGAGACCAAAUCAGAAGUGAGGAAUGUCAACUAACUUCAAACAAAAUUUCCUGAUUCCACCUGUAAAUCCAUACCAGAACAUCUAAUGAAAUAUGUUGAAUGUCCAAUGUUAACACUAUCUGGGUGAAUAAAAUAAAGUGAAAAUACAGUC